UAAGCGUAGCCGUCCGUGGAACCGUGAAAAAGCCCCCUCCCAAUUGGUUCUGGAAGUUUCUCCAGUCUCCGGUUAGAUUCUCCACAAUGAAUUAUAACCUCCACGCGUCGAGCUGACUUCACUCGGAAACCCAAGCCCGUCGCAAGCUAAAACUCUCCCUCCCUUCGGAGCCAAACUCAACAUCUCACGAUUCUCGCCUCAACAAAGUAGAACAACUUCCUGCGAACUCCAGCAGACAAUCACGAUGGCGUCAACGAUGAUCGCUCUAAGAAGGGCCGCAGCUUCAGCUCUGUUCGGCAGGAUCAGAGCCGGCAGCACCCAGACUCGUUCUAUUCCGGCUCUCACCCUUUCUCGCUCCUUCAACACCGAGGCCGAGGGUACCAGCUCCAUCAGCGACGACCGUAGCAUCAUUGAUGUCCAGCGCCACCCUGACCGUGCCGCUGUCUCCCGCAGACGAGACCGAGCUCCUAGUUUUUUCUCAGAUGCGUUUGAUCCCUUCUCACCGACGAGGAGCCUAAGCCAAGUCCUGAACUUCAUGGACCAGCUGAUGGAUGAUCCAUUUUCCCAGGGCUUCACGGCUGGAUCGAGGAGAGGCUGGGAUGUCAGGGACGACGAUGACACUCUCUACCUCCGGAUCGACAUGCCGGGACUCGGUAAAGAGGACGUCAAGAUCUCGGUCGAGCAGAACACCCUGAUAAUCAGAGCUGAAGGGGACAGGGAGUCGGACGAAGACGAGGAGAGCGGGCGGAGGUACUCUGGCAGGAUCGAUCUGCCUCAGAAUCUCUAUAACAUCAACGACAUAAGGGCCGAGAUGAAGAAUGGGGUGUUGAAAGUUUGCGUCCCGAAGGUGAAGGAAGAGGAGAGGAAGGAUGUUUUCCAGGUUCAAGUCCAGUGAAAAGACUUCUAUUCUAUGACUAUGUUUCUAAACUGAGUAUGAUGAUGUAAAAUCUAGUGAUGUUCUACGUGACUUAUACGAGAGUCGUAGUAAGAAGCAUCGCAGUUUUCAUUAUUA